UAAAAGCCAUUGUUGUUGCCGCCACUCCCUUCUCACUCUUCCUUUCCCCUAGGGAACGGCUGGGGCAUGACCACAGCAACUGCACGCCUCUCAGUGUAGUCCUCUCAUGGCGGCCAACUCCCCCUCCUCUUCCUCCUUCAGCUCACUUCUGCUGCUGGUCCUCCUGGCCUUGAGCUUCGUGAUCCGCCCUGCCAGCUCCGACACCGCGAGCGACCUCCAGGAGUGCGGCAGCCAGUUGAUCGGGUUGCAGACGUGCAUCCCCUACGUGGAGGGGACGGCGCAGGCGCCCACGCCGGACUGCUGCACCGGCCUGAAGGACGUCGUCGCGAAGAGCCCCAAGUGCCUCUGCAUCCUGGUGAAGGACCAUGAUGACCCCCAGCUGCCCAUCAAGAUCAAUCUAACCCGCGCUCUCGCCCUGCCCAAGGCAUGCAACACCCCCGUCAACAUCUCCGCUUGCCCGAAGCUGCUGAACCUGCCACCGAACUCGAAGGAAGCCGAGAUCUUCAAGCAGGCAGGGAGCGCAGCUCAAGCCAACGCCACCGCCACCACGUCUCCUCCCUCCACGCCUGCGAGCGACGGUGGCAGCAGCAGCAAUCACUCAAGGUGGAGAGGGUGGGUGGCAAUGGAAACUGUGGUGGGCUGUGUUCUUUAUACUGUGAUGCACCUUCUUCUGGUCUCCACUUGACCAAAAAACAGAACAAGAGCACUCCAACAACAUCCAGUACUUGCUGCUGCUUCCUCUAGUUCGUGCGCCUCCCUUUCUUGCCGUCUCCAUCAUUUGCUUCCUCAAAACCAUGUUCUUGUGAGUGUGGUUGAUGGUAGAACUGAAGGCCUCAGUGGUCAUAAGUUAGUCUUCCAUGACAUGUACCUCAGACUUUGAGCAUAUCUGUACCUUUGAAAAUAAUCAUUUAUUGUGUGGAGUUAACGUUAACAAGAUGGUACAUCUCAUCACCACAGUUAAACAUAGGAUUACAGAGUCAUAAAGCUCUUGUCGAAGGAUCAAAGGUGUGAAAUCCCAUUUGACUUCCA